AUGUCACGAGCGUACGCAUCGCAUGUUUUACAAAUGGCCAUCGGACAGAUCUGCCAUACGAUCGGUUGGGACGCAGUGUCGAGCCUUACGUUGGAACAACUGGUCAGCACGGUUGAGCACUUUCUGCGUAAUCUCACACGCCAGAUGGUGCGCUGCAGUGAGCUAAACAAUCGUACCGAGUCCAACCUGGACGAUCUGGCGUACGCGUUUCGGGCGUUCGGGAUAAACCUGACGGAGCUGGAGGCGUAUACGAAAGCGGUCGAGUCCAUUCCGUUGCCCUUCGCGGUGCCCCAGUUUCCGCUGAAACCAUCGGGUCCUUCCAAACUUAAGGCCAACAGUACGGCUAUCGAGCUUCUCAAUAGUGUGGUGUGCAAAGAGAUUGAGUAG